AUGGGUAUCGGUGGUUCACGUCGUAAAUCACCUCAAGCUCCUUUUCCACAAUCAAUACCACCAUAUAAUCCGUUAUCGCCGUAUCCUGCUGCGCCAAUGAUUCCUCCAUAUAAUGCUGGUAUUGGAAAUGUUCCACCUCUUAACCAAAAAGAGCAACAAAAACUUGAGGAAGCUUAUCGAACAAUUCAAAAUUAUCAGGGUCGAAUGCCUCCAAUGCAACAAGGUGCUGGAAUAGGUCCUCCUAUAAUGAACUUAUCAAAUGCAAGUCCUACCCUUCAACGUGCAUAUAGACAAUAUUCAUCUCCAAAUCAACCACCAUUUCUACCGAAUGCUGGAGGUUAUCGAGAUACGGAUUAUGCAUCUCUUGCUAAUAUAGCCGGCUUGAAUCCCGUAGACAUAGCAAUACUUCAUAGAGAAUAUAUGAAUUUAACAUCUCGUGGUAGAAAUAAACUUGAUCGUGUUGUUUUUCGACAAUUGUUACGUGAUAUUCUUAUUGAUGCAAAUAAUGAAAAUAUUGAUCGAGCUAUUGAAAAUAUAUUUAUUAGUAUUGAUCGAAAUCGUGAUGGUUUUAUUGAUUUCUCAGAAUUUGUCGGUGCUUUUCGAGAUGUAUUAAAAGGAGAUCCAAAUGAUCCAAGCAGUUAUUUAGCACAAUGUGGUUUUCCUGAUUUUAUAAAUGAUCAAAUACGAACAUAUGCUGUUAAUUCUCCUCUUAUUUGUCAACCAGCAGCAAUUUGUGAACAACAACAACCGCCACCUCCGCCACAAGUUAUUUCAAUGCCACCUGCUAAUGUUCAACAACCAAUGGUUUGUAGUAGCUCUGCUGCUCCAUUAUUAUUUUCAUUUGAUUCAAAUCAAUCACCAUAUGUAGCUAAUAUGCAAGGUCAACAAAUGAUAGGGCAACCAACAACUUUACAAUGUUUACCUUUGUCUAUGUAA